CACUCCGCACCACACAGCACUCAAAGAUGCGUCUCUUUGCCACAGGGAGGGCCCUGCGCGCAAGUAGCGCCAGAUGGGCAAUUGCCUCAACCCGUCGCAGCAUCCGCAUCCCGCUUUCGCAAUUCUCCGAGCCUUUGGCCGUGAAGCGGAGAGACUGGAGCUCUUCGGCCAUCCGCCGGUCCAGCGACAACACAGAUGCUGAUCAAAAGCCCGCCACACGGCGCUCACCGAAACCCUUGACCAUUGAAGGCCAGUCCUACCGAGCAGAUGAAUGGACAAACACCCCGAAAACGAUUCUCUCCCACGUUGGACGUCGGCUAUACCUCGAUGAGAACCACCCGCUAGCAAUUACACGCCAAUUGAUUGAGAGUCAGUUCCCCGGUCCAGCAUUUGGAAACUAUACCGAAAAGAACCCCGUGGUUUCGACUGCGCAGAAUUUCGAUGUUCUAGGCUUCCCCUUGGACCACCCCGGCCGGAGUCGGACGGACACUUACUACAUCAACGAUAAGACGGUUUUGAGAACACACACUAGUGCCCACCAACAGGCAUACUUCCAGCAGAUCAGUCGCAAUGAGAGCACGCGGCCUGAGGAAGUUGGAUAUACUGUUGUCGCUGAUGUGUACCGGAGGGAUGCAAUUGACCGCAGCCACUACCCGAUUUUCCAUCAGAUGGAAGGUGCCAUGCUCUGGAAGCGUCCGGAUAACGAGCCCUUGAAGCAUGCGAGCCAAACUGCCGCGAAGAUCAUGAAGGAUGUCAAUAAAAUCCCGACUCAUGAUGUCGAGGUCGAGGACCCCAACCCUACCAUUCAUGCUGAGAGGAACCCACUGCAGGCUGAAUACCACAGUGAGGAGGAAGUCGAGGCCAUCGCCGCCCAUCUCAAACGGUCACUCGAGCGCAUGGUGAUCAAGAUAUUUACUGAGGCCAGUAAAGCCGCCGCCGGGGCCGCCGAACAACCCGAGCCUUUGAAGGUCCGCUGGGUGGAGGCAUACUUCCCCUUUACCAGUCCAUCCUGGGAACUGGAAGUUUUCUGGCAGGGAGACUGGCUCGAGGUCCUCGGCUGCGGUGUUAUCAAGCAGGAGCUGCUGAACAACUCGGACGUGCCGAGCCGCGUCGGAUGGGCGUUUGGUAUCGGUCUAGAGCGCAUCGCCAUGCUUCUCUUCAACAUCCCGGAUAUUCGUCUGUUCUGGUCGCGUGAUGAGCGAUUCCUCUCCCAGUUCAGAGCGGGUGAGAUCACCCGAUUUGAGCCAUUCUCCAAGCACCCUGCCUGCUACAAGGAUGUGGCCUUCUGGCUCCCCUCCGCGUCCGUCAGCGGUGGCAGUGCUGCGGGCGGAGCUUCUCCUGUUCAUGAAAAUGACAUCAUGGAGAUUGUCCGUGGUGAGGCAGGAGAUCUGGUGGAGGAUGUGUCACUCAUUGACGAGUUCACUCACCCCAAGACACACCGGAAGAGCAUGUGCUACCGCAUUAACUACCGGAGCUUGGAGCGCACACUAACAAAUGAAAAGACGAACAACCUACAUAACAGGGUGCGCCAAAAGCUUGUGAACUUGCUGGGAGUCGAGCUCCGCUGAUUGUAGCGGGUUCUACUGCCGAUUGCUGUGAUGUACUAUAUGCAGGACACUGCCGACCAGCCCUUUUGUACCAUAACUGUGUAUCCUCCCGCUAGGAUAAAUUACCUUUCUCCCUACGAUGCCAGGAUCCAAAACCAAGACC